AUCGGCGCUUCUCGCUAGUCGCAGCUCGUCCACACGGGCAACAACAACGUUGCUAAAAGACUUCAACCAUUUUGUUUUUUGAAAGAAGCAACUCGCAGGCAGCUGCUCAUUUUUUUUUUCGCUAUUCGUUGUGUGUGUGUCAUCGGAACUAUAAAGAGUUUUGCACGUUACCUCCAACAACGCCACGUGAAUCACGCUGUUUGAAAAAGAAAAUCAGACAACACACUCACAAGGACUUGGUCAUUAAAAGAGCUGCCAUCGCGUCACCCAGAGCACCCAGCAAAUUGGAUUGAAAAUUAUUUUGUGUGCCAGUGGUGUGCUGUUUGGUGGUGGUGGGUGCGUGACAUCCUCUUUUUCUUUUCAUCAUAUCUGAGAGUGUUUUUAUAUUUCGCUCGUUGUGCAGUGUGUGCGUGCGUUUUUUGUUGUUGUGCGAACGAGUGUUUUGUCUUCAACCACACUUUUUGUGUGUGUUGUGUUUCUUUCCAAACGCCUGGAAUAUUAUCAAAGGAAAACGGGGAAAAAACAAGUCGUUUUACGGAGAACAUUUUCAAGAGAAUCGUCUCUCUCUUGUUUGCCGUGUGAAAACUGAAAGGUGGAUGAUGACACAGUUUUCAUGGCGCGAUUGAAAGCAUCCGAAUCAACAAGAUUUCUGUCCGUUGCCAUGGCGACCGUCUUCUUUGUCGUCCUCUUGGCCCUGACUGCCUCGUUUCCAAUGGUCACCGCCGCUCUCCCGGACAUCGGUCAAGUUUUAAUUGCAUCCAGCAGCAGCAGCAGCAGUCGGAAUACGACGUCGAUGUCGAUCAGUUCCAGCAGAAAAGAUCCGUCGGCCGGAAUCAACAGCAUCGUCAAACAAUUCCACUGGCCGCGGUCGAGCGUCACAGUCAACGGAACCAACCGAGGCUUCCGCCAUUUGACGAUGGAUUUAUCGAGUGGGCGCAUUUACGCCGGCGGAGUCAACCGACUCUUCCAGCUCGACUCGAGUUUGUCGGUGGAAGCUUCGGUCGUCACGGGCCCCGUAGUCGACAGCCCCCAGUGCCACGCUAGCGGAUGCGCGCCGUCGAGCGGAGUCGAUGCCGUGGCCACGGACAACGUCAACAAGGUGCUGAUUGUGGACCGCGACGCUCGCACUCUGCUGGCCUGCGGAUCGACCUCGCAAGGCGCGUGCACAAAGUACCGUUUGUCCAACAUCUCAUCCGAGCCGGAAUUCAUUUCGCGCAACGUGGCGGCCAACGAUGAAACGGCCUCGACGUUCGCCUUCAUCGGGCCCGAGCAUUACAACCCGUGGGGUCGGUCCAACGUCCUUUACGUCGGCACCACGUUCACGUCGGUCGGCGAGUACCGUCACGAAGUGCCGGCCAUCUCGUCGCGCAACCUGUACGACCUGGAUUUCGCCGAAUUCUCCUUCACCAAGCAGUCGACGUUGCACAUCGACGUCAAAUACCGCGACCACUUCCUCGUCAAGUACGUCUACGGAUUCAACGCUUCGGAUUUCGCCUACUUCGUCGUCGUCCAGAAGAAGUCGCACCUGCCCGGCGAGGAGGAGUCGGGUUACGUGACGCGUUUGGCCCGCACCUGCAUCUCGGACGCUAAUUACGACUCGUACACGGAAGUGACGCUGCAAUGCGGCGGCGGCGCCGACGGCCAGGGAGCUUACUCCAUCGUGCAGGACGCAAAAUUGGCCCAGGCCGGGCCCGAUUUGGCCAACAGUUUGGGUUUGAGUGCGGGCGAUCCGGUGCUGGUGGGGCUCUUCUCUCCGCCGAAAGGCAUCGGCAGUGCCGAGCCGAGCCACCAGUCGGCCGUCUGCGUCUUCAGCGUGGCCGACAUCGAGGCCCGUUUCAACGAGAACAUUCACAUGUGUUUCAACGGCAGCAUGCAGUCCCGCAAUAUGGAGUACAUUUCGGGACCCAUCCUCGAUGGCAAAUGUCCCAAAGCCGGGACGACGGGCAAUAUUCACAACUUCUGCGAGGUGGGAUUGAAAAUCGCCGGCAUCGUGCCCAUCUACAGCCCGCCAGCGUUGACGUACAGUCGCACGCUAUUGACAUCGGUCGCCGUUUCCGCUACGGAACAGCACACGGUCGCCUUUCUCGGCACAUCUGAUGGACACUUGAAAAAGAUUCUUCUGGAAUCCGGUGGCAGGGCGACGGAAUUUGAAGAAUUGCCGGUCGACGCCGGAUCUACACUUUUACCCGACAUGAUGGUCGAUCCGAACGGAGAGCACCUCUACACCAUCUCGACAUUAAAGAUCUCUAAAGUGCGUGUCGAACACUGCGCCACCUACACCAACUGCUCAUCGUGUCUGGAGGCGCGAGAUCCUUACUGCGGAUGGUGUUCCCUGGAGAAGAGAUGCACAGUUAAAAGCGCUUGCCAGAAGGCCACUACCAGCUCGCCGCGUUGGUUGGCGUACGGUUCCGGCCAGCAGUGUAUCGAUUUCGAGCAAGUUCUACCCGAUCGAAUCCCCGUCGCUCAAACAGCUGUCGUUCAAUUGACGAUCAGAACACUUCCGGACUUGCCGUUGGGUGCCAAGUACAAGUGCGUUUUCGGCGAUGCGGAUCCAAUCGACGCCACUGUUACGGCAACGGGACUGUCUUGCCCCACGCCGGACCUCCAAUCACGACCCGCCAUUCCGACCUCUUCGGUCAGCGCCGCCAAUUCCGUGCUGACGCCAAGCCUGACGGGCAGCAACCAGAACACGGUCACCGAUCACGUUUUGGUCCCACUUUCGGUGCGGUCUUCGGAGACGAAUAAGGAUUUCGUGAGCCGAAAUUUCGCCUACUACGAUUGUUCCAGACACACGACUUGCUCUUCGUGCGUCAAAGCUCAGUGGGCGUGUAACUGGUGCGUCCACGAGAAUCGCUGCACCCACAACGCCAGCACGUGCCAGCGCACCGUCGUCAGCGGAGAAAAUAAUCCAGCGCACUUGAUGACUCACGGAGCCGCCUACUGCCCUCGUCUGAAACGUCCAUCCGAUGAAGAUGAUUUAGUUCCGAGCGGAGUGGCCCGUGAGCUCGUCCUGGAAGCCGAGAAUCUGCCACAUCCACAGGCUGGACACGCUGGAUUCCAGUGUUUGGUGGACAUCGAAGGAGCCAAAAUGGCCAUCGGUGCCCGCAUUGAAGCCGGACGCUAUGUGGUCUGCGACAAGACAACGUAUUCGUACGAGGCCAAUGUCGGUGAAUACGAAGCGCAGGUGUCGGUCGUCUGGAAUGGCGAUCACUACGUCGGAUCGCUGCCCGUCACGCUGUACAAAUGCGACAUUCUGGGAUCGCAUCGCGAUCAUGCCGACUGUUCGCUGUGCGUCACCCGCGCCAAAAAAUAUCGAUGCGCCUGGUGCGGUUCCGUCUGCGCUUACAGCGAGGCCUGCCCGCUCACGGCCGCAACCGAAUGUCCUCGCCCCCGCAUUGAUGUGAUCAAGCCGCUGAGUGGGCCGAUUGAAGGUGGCACUCUGGUGACGAUUGAAGGCAGCAAUCUUGGCCUGAAGGAGGAAGAUGUCAAAGGAAAAAUUCGCAUCGGCGAUAUACCUUGCGAGCUGAUCGAUUAUCAAGUUUCGGUCAAGAUUAUCUGCCGGACUGGGCCAGCUCCAGCUGAAAUCGACGCACCCGUCAUUAUCGGCAAUACGGCCGGCUACACUGAGUCGACCGUCAAGUAUUUCUACAAGGAUUUGGAAUUGCACAGCGUGUUCCCAACAUUCGGACCUCAGAGCGGCGGCACGUUGUUGUCCAUCACUGGAUUCCACCUGAACAUGGGCAGCAGCGUCUCGGCCUUCCUCGACGAAUUGCCUUGUUUGGUGAACAGCAGCCACGCGUCCGGCACCCGGCUUCUGUGCACCAGCUCGCGCACGGCCGGUCCACGCACCAUCGCCCAGUUGACUGUGACGAUCGACAACGCCAAACGCGUUCUCGCCAAGAAUCCGUUCAGCUACACCAAAGACCCCACCAUCAUGGAGGUCAAACCGUUGAGGAGCUUCGCCUCUGGCGGCCGGAUUCUCUCGAUGCACGGCACCAAUCUCGAUUCGAUCCAGAAACCUCAAAUGGCUGUUUACAUGGAUGACGGCAUCACCGUUGCCAACGUCACGGUGUGUCGAGUGGUAAGUGCUUCGCAUAUGGAGUGCCCAUCCCCGCCCGUCGACUUUGAGGCGCUGAUUAACGCCCGCCGGAUGCAGCUGGCAGCCCUAACGGCAGCGCCGUCCUCGUCGCCGCUUUCCCGGCGCAAAAGGGCUGGCCUUCGUCCGCAUCGCGACGUGCCGCGCUCCGUCACGUUGCGCAUCGGCUUCCUGAUGGACAAUGUCGAAUCGGUUCGCGACCUCAAGAAACAUUUCCAGCAAUUGCAAUACGUGGAGGAUCCGAGUUAUUCGGCAUUUAUCGGCGCCAGCCUCGUCAAAUUGUACAAAGGUGACACGUUGGUCAUCGAAGGCGAGAAUUUGAAUUUGGCCAGCGACGAGACGGACGUCAACGUGACGAUUGGGACGCGUUCGUGCAACGUCACCUCCUUGGCCGCCACACAACUGGUGUGCACCCCGCCCGAAGUGCAGCCGACGGGAACGGACGAGAUUGGCAUCAAGACGGAAUCGGGUCUGCCGCUAGUGGUCGUCCGCGUCGGCCAGAAUGUUCGCUUCCCCAUCGGCUACCUGCAGUACGAAGUGGUUAAGCCGUACACGUUCCCGCCGGAAGCCAUCGGCGGCAUCACGGCCGGAGGUGUUUUGCUCGUUCUCGUCUCCAUCGCUAUUCUGCUCGUGUAUCGGCGCAAAUCGACCCAGGCCGAACGCGAAUACAAGCGCAUUCAGAUCCAGAUGGACACCCUCGAGAGCAACGUCCGCUCCGAAUGCAAACAAGCGUUUGCACAAAUGUGCACGUGGGACUCGCGACGCACUGGUGGUGGUGGCGCCAAUCUUCCUGCCUUUGCCGAACUCCAGACAGAUAUGACAGACUUGACGGCAGAUUUGCAAUCUCUUGGCACUCCGACGCUGGAUCACAAGACGUACGUGAUGAAAGUGUUUUUCCCAGGAGUUAACGACCAUCCCAUCCUGAACGAUCCCAAGCGUCGCCUUACCGGACCGAGAACCAAUUACGACGCGGCUAUGAUGCAGUUUGAACAGCUUAUUUGCAAUAAGCAUUUCUUACUGACUUUCAUCGAGACGCUCGAGUCUCAGAGAGAUUUCAGCAUCCGCGACAAGGUUAACGUGGCAUCUCUUCUGGUGGUGACACUAAUGGGCAAUAUGGAAUACGCCACAAGCGUGUUGCGAUCGCUCCUCUUCCGGCUGAUGGAGAAAGCCGUCAGCACGAAGCAUCCGCAGCUGAUGCUUCGUCGCACCGAGUCCGUCGUCGAAAAGAUGCUCUCCAACUGGAUGGCUCUCUCCAUGUAUCACUACCUCAAAGAUCGAGCCGGACAGUCCAUCUUUGUCCUGUUCAAAGCCAUCAAGUACCAAGUGGAGAAGGGACCCGUCGAUUCGAUUACGCACGACGCUCGCUACUCGCUCUCGGAAGAGAGGCUCCUCCGCGAGCAGAUCGAUCACUCAUUUGUGACGAUUCAUCUAGUUCAAGAGGAUCACUACGAGAAGAUCCCCUAUCAGCCGUAUCAUACGAUCCCCUUGGCACCGGAAGAGCUUGAAGAGAAGAUCCAGUGUCGCGUUCUCGAUUGCGAUACCAUCAGUCAAGUGAAGCACAAAAUACUCGAUGCCCUUUACCGCCACACGCCUUUCUCACUGCGUCCAGCUGUUUACGAAGUCGAUCUCGAAUGGCGACAGCUGCGCGGUAGCAGUGUCAUCCUGUCUGACGAAGAUGCCACCUCAAAAAUCAUGAACGGAUGGAAGAAGCUCAACACCUUAGCUCAUUAUGGUGUCAAAGAAUCGGCCGUCAUGUCACUGGUGCCACGCAAAAUGACCAACUGCACCAUGACAAACGGCCAUUGCAAAUCGUCCUAUCGCAACUGUGUCAACGCUUAUCACUUCAACUCGACCUUGACUCACGCCAUCCUGCAGAACGGCAAUAAUGGAGGCGAUCCGGAGAAUGGAGUUAACCAUCUGCAGACGUUUCAUUUAGUACGACCUCCGAUGGACGACACCAAGUCGAAUGGCAAACAAUGGUCGCCCAAUGGACAGAUGGACCGUACGCCGAAAGCCAUCCCUGAAAUUUUCCUCACGCGUCUCCUCUCAACUAAAGGCACAAUCGAGAAGUACGUCGUCGAUUUCUUCCGCACCAUUCUGACAGUCGACGAGCACGUGCCGCCAGCCAUCAAGUGGCUCUUUGACCUCCUCGACGAAGGAGCUCGCAAGCACAAUAUCACCGAUCCCGAAGUGCUUCAUGCCUGGAAAUCCAAUAGCUUGCCACUCCGAUUCUGGGUCAAUUUCAUCAAGAAUCCCGACUUUGUAUUCGAUAUUUACAAGACCAACACUGUUGACUCCUGCCUGUCGGUUAUCGCACAAACGUUCAUGGAUUCGUGCUCCACCACCGAGCACCGCCUGGGCAAAGACUCGCCUUCAAACAAACUUCUUUUCGCCAAGGACAUACCAAAAUUCCGCGAAAUGGUAUCGACGUUCUACCAAGACGUGUCGGAUAUGCCUCAGAUACCCGACCAGGAAAUGAACCAAACUAUGCAGCAGCUGUCCAUGUCGCAUAUCGGCGAAUUUGAUACAGUGGCCGCACUCAAAGAGCUCUACAUCUACGUCAACAAAUAUCGCGUGCAGCUAUUCGAAAAUCUGGAGGAGGAAAAUUAUUGCCGCAAACUGCAACUCGCCCAACGUUUGGCCAACGUCGCCUGCGUUAUGGAGGGCGAAGAAAUUUCUGCCUGUUGAUGACAAUGACACACGAAACGCCGAAAUCUUACGGCUCGUCGUCGAGAAAUCCCUUUCUGAUCUGUGAUAAAAAGAUAUGGCAAGAAGAAGAAGAAAAAAAGAAGAAAAUUAGAAUGACGAUAUCGACGUGUGAGAAAACCUACGAUAUUCGCCCGCUCGUCAACUGCUAAGGGAUAUAAUUUUGAAGCCGCCACAAGAGAUAGAAUAACUGUUUGAAAAAUUGUGCCUCGAUUGGUCUCUCUUCUUUCGAGAUCGAAUCCGGAUUUGUUUUGUUUGGUCCCCUCACCUCGUUUAUUUUUGUAACUGGAUAUCAUUCGUUUUUUCCUCUCCAUUUGUAGAUUCUAUGGCGCCGCAUGAUUCUUCUGCAUGGACCUACCGGGUUCUUAUCGCCUCUCCUUUUCUUCUGUAAGAUCCCUAUGCCCUGUAACUCCCUCGCAAACGUGAGCAGUUUAAAAGGAUGUUCAUUUUCAUGUUAAAUAAUAAUAAUAUGGGCCUGUUUAUAUGUCAUUACAUGCUGUGCACACAGAAACCCUCUCCAUUCGUGGAAGCGGUGUUCCCUCCUUAAUCAUAGACCAAGCUUUUGAGUUUUUCAAAUUGUAUACACCUUGUCCUUUAUGUUUCUCUCAUUAUUUUUAAUUCAGAUCAUGUCUAAUAUUAUAUAUAUGAAAUGGAAGAGAAAAACAACCAUUGCGAAUAAGCACGUGCGCAUUAUCGAGACAGGUGGAACAUAUUUUCCCCCCUAUCCCCUGACUAUGGAGUUGACUGUUGAUUUUUCCCGAAAUGAUUCUGUGGCCUGUGUGCUUUGUACGUGCAUAUUUGCAAAAAAGUAUGUAUCACAAAAUCGGAAAAAAAAAAAAAUGUUUUUUUCUAGUCAGGUUCUGAAAGAAAAAAAAACUG